AUGAUUAGAUCCUUGCUUUAUUUAACUACUAGUAGACCAGAUAUUAUAUUCAAGAAAUCACAUCUGACAACAGUAAAGCGGAUAAUUCGCUAUCUUAUCAGAACUAUUUCUUAUGGUCUAUGGUAUCCACGAUCUAACAAUUUUAAGCUUGAAGGUUUUUCAGAUGCUAAUCUUGCAAGGGAUAAAGAAUACAGGAAAAGCACCAGUGGAACAUGUCAACUACUGGGAAAAGCAUUAAUUUUCUGGAACAACAAUAAACAAGGUUUAGUAGCACUAUCCACAACUGAGACAGAAUAUACUGCUAUUGGACAAUAUUGUGCUUAA